AUGACCGUUUUCCUGCUGUGGGAGGAUCAGCCAACGCUUCUGGGUUCUCCACUGGGACGUAACGAAAUUGGCACUUGGGAGGCCUCAAAGCCUCUCGACUCAGUCGCGCUGCUUCCUGUCUGCGUCAUCAGUCGUCCUGGUCCUGAGUUCGUUGGAGGCGAUGGGGUUCUCCAGAUCACACCUACAGGGAAACUCCGUGCUCCAUCGGGACAAGAGGCAUCCCAGCUGAAAAAUCCGGCCAUCGCAAGAGUGGCUAGGCCAGAGCUCAGGACAACGGGACGGGUCAGCGGAAAAGCCAAACGUUCACACAGUGUCCGAAUACUCAAGCCAAGUGCUCGUCCGGGCCACAGACACGCUCUGCAAAGAAUCGAGACAACGGAGAAGGGGUCGGAAGUUCGGCCUAGUACGUGGCAAAGCCUUCGCCACGUGGCCUCCACACCUCGUAUCUAUCAACCACCAUUCAUCUGGCGAGCCCAGCUGCACAACAUCCUCACCGGAACAGGCUGCACAGCUACGAGGGCCGCAGUCAAGAUUCCGGUCACUUCCGUCUCGCUACUUCAGUGGCGACGAAUUCCGGAAAACAGCAGCCGGAUUUGAGCGGAUUCGAUCGCCGCAUAAGUGGCGAAAUCGCAGUAAUUCAGCCUGCCGAAACCGAGUGCAGCAGAUCGCCGAACGAGUUGUAGGAAUCCCGCCGAGUCUGCCGAAACC